AUGUCUUCAAAAUACGCAAUUGAUUGUGAAAUGGUUGAAAGCAACCGCAAAAGCAUACUGGCGCGUGUUUCUAUCGUCGACCAGAAUGGUUCGGUUGUUCUGGACGAAUAUGUAAAACCAACCGGACCCGUCACUGAUUAUAGAGAGUUCGUAAGUGGAAUAAAAAAACGACAACUAGAGAAUGGCAGCGAUUUUUAUAGAGUAAAAGAUCGAGUCUCCUCGUUAAUUCAUGGAUGUAUUUUGAUAGGCCAUUCAUUAAAGGUUGAUUUAGAUGUUCUGGGUCUUACUCACACUGAAAGAAACCAGCGUGACUUGGCGAAUUACGAGCCUUUUACCAGAGCAAAUUAUGGUCAGCCCGUUGCGUUGAAAACUCUUGCCUUGAAACAUCUGGGAAGAGUUAUCCAAGACGGGGAGCAUGAUUCCGUGCAAGACGCAAAGGCUUGCAUGGAAAUUUAUAAAAAAUUUGCUAACGAUUGGGAAAGAAAUUAUCGU